AUGCGGCACCUUCGUCCUUCUUUUGCAUUCCCUUUCCUUUCCUUCCUUACGUUUGCUUUAUCUGAUGAUAUCUCCUGCGACUCGACAAAUCCUUGUACUGAAGGAUGCUGUUCUAAAGUGUCGAAUGUUUGCGGCUACGGCCCAGAUUAUUGUUCAUCUACCAACUGCAUUGCUGCAGCUAGUACAAAUGGGACUUGCUCCCAGCUGGCUGAGUGCGAUCCUGGUGUCUACCCAGGCUAUGGAGACAAGUGGGGCUCUCAGUAUGCUAGUUCCGAGAAUUGCCCUCUGAAUGUCUGCUGCAGCGAGUUUGGCUUCUGUGGAACAACCAAGGACUUUUGUGGCGACACUACUGUUGCUGAGCCAGUAUGCGACGGCACUUCGGCAACGAAGAAGACUAUCGCAUACUAUGAGGGUUGGAACUCUGAGCGUGCCUGUGACACCAUGCCGCCAGAGAAUAUCCCAAUUGGCGGUUACACGCACAUUAAUUUCGCUUUUCUGUACAUCGACCCUGAUCUUUACACAAUAACGCCGAUGGAAACUUCUCAGCAAGACCUCUAUAGUCGUGUCACCGCGCUUAAGAAGCGCAAGAAUGACUUGGAAGUCUGGGUCUCCAUCGGUGGAUGGGCCUUCAAUGACCCUGGGUCAACUGCUAACACCUUUUCCGAGCUGGCGGCAUCUAAGUCCAAGCAAUCGACCUUCUUCGAGUCAUUAUUGAGCUUUUUGGACAAAUACGGAUUCGACGGUGUGGAUUUGGAUUGGGAAUACCCAGUUGACUCUGACCGUGGCGGAUCGGAUGCCGAUUAUGAAAACUACCCAACCUUCUUGGCAAAUCUUCGCUCUGCACUUGAUAGCGCAGAUAAAGGCUAUGGCUUAACUAUCACUCUACCCAGUAGCUACUGGUACCUCCAGCAUUUCAAUGUUGUGGAGAUGGCAAAGAGUGUCGACUGGUUCAACAUGAUGACAUACGACCUUCACGGGGGUUGGGAUGCAGAAGACCCGUGGAUUGGAUCUGUUGUCAACGCGCACACCAAUCUUACUGAGAUCGUCUCGGCCAUGGAUCUUUUGUGGCGGAAUGACAUUCCUCCCUCUCGAGUGGUGAUGGGACUGGGAUUCUAUGGCCGCAGCUUCACGCUCAAUGAUACGUCAUGUGUCACUGCAGGAUGUCCUUUCUCGACAGUUGGUAAGGCGGGUGAUUGUACAAACAGUGCUGGCACGCUUUCAUUCUCGGAAAUUGAAGCAAUUCUAAAGGAUCCGUCCCGCCAUGCUACCCAGACUUAUGAUGCAACCUCUUCAGUUCAAAUCGUGACUUUUGAUGAGAAUCAAUGGGUGAGCUAUGAUAACUGGGCUUCGUUUCAGGCUAAGUUGGACUACGCAAAUUCCCAUUGUAUUGGAGGAACAAUGGUCUGGGCUGUUAGCUUGGACGUUGACGGAACAGCAACCAAUGGACUUACCGGAGCCUCUGUUGUUUUCCCCGGUGACGACGGCUCCAAUGGAGGAAGUGAAGAUAUUUAUAUCGGACCUGACCUGUGGUCAAAUGCAACCCAGGAGAUCUCUUGCGAGCCACCCUGCACUAUGAUCCUGCCCCCAUUCCCACUAGCGACUCCGAUAACGAUUGACUGGCCAGCAUACGAGACUACCAUUGCAUCAAGCUCUGGUGGGGCCACAUUGACCAAGACCACUACAAUCACCGUUGCUCCCUUCACUAUCAGCGAGAUACCAUUCUGGCCUAUCACUGUGGCGGAAUCUGGCGGAAAUGCCUACUUGAGCCCCAUGCAGAGCAUUGCUCCACCAACCUUUGGUCUGACUUUGCCACAAACCGAAGCUACUUUCCCCCUUUUCCAUACCGAUUACAGUGCCACUUUUACCACCACGACAUCAACGGCAAAUGCUACUGCACCAGCCGUUACAACACCUGCUGCUGUUCAGAGUGGAAUUGUUUCCGAUUGUACGGAGUUCUAUCAAGCAAUCGCCAACGACGGAUGCGCUGCCAUUGCAACUGCACACGACAUCACACUUGCGCAAUUCAUCGAAUGGAACCCGGCGGUAAAAUCAGACUGCUCGGGACUUUGGAGUGAUGAAUAUUACUGCGUCGCUGUCGCUAAAGCUACGAGCACCACCUCAUACACACCCAUUGCCGUGACCUUCUUUGACAAUUCACAUAUUAUUACUGUGGCGCCACAGCCGACAGCGACAUCAGUCCAACCCCCUGGAACAACUAUUCCUGUACUCACAUACUCCGACGGGGAAGUACCCUCAAAUGGAGGAUGUAGUUCUGGCGGCGACACUACUGGUUGUGGAAAGAUCGAUUGUGCCCUCUUUGGCUGUGGGGGUGAAUGUGGAUUCUUCGGUUGUGAUGGAGGCUGUGGCUUAGGAUUCUGCGGAGGAGGCUGUGGUCUUCUCGGUUGUGGCCCUGGAUGCGGAGCUGGGAAAUGUCUUCAGGAAGGUGGUGGUGGUGGCUCCGACGAAGAGGAGACAUCAACUUCCGAGGCAUGCAGCGCAACUGCCACGCCUUCCGUCACAACUGUUUGUGACUAUGCCUGUCCAGACGGAGCAUCGACAUCCUGCGCCACCCUCUGCACCUCGUUGACAAUUAGCUGUGAGCCUACCGGGUUCGUUAAUUUCUCACCUGGCACUGUGGACGCAGACGCGCUGCCACUCACAUUACUCGAGGCCUCCGAUGAUGCCAUGACAUCCGAUGCGGAAUCCGUGGCAUCCUGGUUGAACCCAAAAUACACUAGCAUGGAUCCUGUCGUGACAAGUGGCACCACCAUGACUGCAUCAGCUACAGCGCCCGCUGUGACGACGUCUCCAAAAAAUACCGCCACUGCUAUCUCAGCCUCCUCUUGUGAUAUCAAAAGCACCAGCUCCUCCUCCUACUGCUCAUGUGAUGGAGGAUACGGUGUGUCAUUGUCCACAAAGGCUAAUCAAGCCAAAACCACCUUCCUGGUCUGUGAUGUCACUCCAGCCCUGACAAUUUCCACCAUCACGCCGACGACGACCAGCACCACAUCCCAGUCUACUUCCACAACCUCUUCUGUCAGCCAGUCUACAUCCACGGGCUUUGCGCUGUAUAUGACCUACUGGUCAGCCUCUGAGUGUCCCAUUGGACUCACAUGUGAGGAUGACGGGAAAUGGAAUGCGGUUAUGGUGGAAAAUCUCGUGGGCGAUGAAACGGCCGUGCCCAUACGAGGCACGUGGAACCAGGGUGGCAUGGUUGAUGGAAGUCAGGCAACAUUCUGUGAUCAGACUUCGACUUUCACAAUCGAUGGCGAUGACAUCAAGGGCUCAAGCAGUGUCAGCAAAUAUGGCUCAUAUGUUUGCAAGAAGGCACCUGUUCCUGAAGAAAAUACCUGGUAUGAUUCGGAAAACACGGUAGCUUUUGAUAUCGAAGGGGCAUGGGCGUGCCUGACAGACAUUUGUACCUAA